AUAAAGCAGAGUUCUAAAUAAUAAAGUAGUUGUUGUGGAGGAUUUAUCGCGUUGAUUUCGUAACCGUAUUACUUAGUUGCUGUCGUCAAUGUUCGAAUGUAGUUUUGAUGAAACCUCAUAAGCUUUACUAAUAAAUAUGAGCCGAGAAGCAUCGUUAAGUUUUAUUUGUAUUCUUUUUUGUUUAAUAAGUAAUAGCUGGUUGGAAGAACUAACGUUUGAAUUAGAAGAUAAUGAACGUCAAUGUUUUCACGAAAUGAUUUAUAAUGAAACGAAAUGUACAUUAGAAUUUCAGGUUAUUACAGGUGGUCACUAUGAUGUAGAUGUUUAUUUAAAGGACCCAGAAAAUAAAAUUUUGUACAAUGAGAAAAAAAAGCAAUAUGACAGUCAUACAUUUGUAGCUAAUAAAAAAGGUGAAUACGUAUUCUGCUUCAGCAAUGAAUUUUCCUCAUUCACUCACAAAACAGUUUACUUUGACUUUCAAUCUGGUGAGGAACGCCCUUUGUCCCCUGGUAUUGGUGAUCACCAUACCGCUCUUACUAUGAUUGAAACUACAGCACUAUCAAUCCAUGAAUCAUUGAAAGUAAUUAUUGAUUAUCAAACGCACCAUCGGUUGAGGGAAUUAACAUCAAGAGAAAUGGCAGAAUAUUUGUAUGAGCGAGUCCAAUAUUGGUCACUCGGACAGACUAUAGUUAUAGUUUUUGUUGCUGUUGGAGAAGUAUUAGUACUUAGAAAUUUUUUCUCUGAAAAACGGGAUAGAUUGUAAAUCAAUUAUUUGCAUUUCUAAAUAAUAUUCAGCUUUUUCUAGA